AUGGUGAUCGGUUCUCGAACAUCCUCCUUCUUACUGCAGUGGAUCGCCGUCAGCUACCUCUACAAGCACGAUCACGCCGGCGUCAGGGAUUACCUCUGCAAUCGUAUGUACACUCUCCCCCUCUCCGGCCUCGAGAAUUACUUGUUCCAGAUCUGUUACAUGCUCGUCCACAAGCCUUCGCCGUCGCUGGACAAGUUCGUGAUCGAUACGUGCUCGAAAUCGCUGAGGAUCGCGCUGAAAGUGCACUGGUUCUUGAUGGCGGAGCUCGAGGAUUCCGAGGAUAAUGAGGGGAUUAGUAGGAUCCAGGAGAAGUGCCAGAUUGCCGCUACUCUGAUGGGGGACUGGGCCCCGCUGUUGAGGGCUGGUUUCGGGCAGCAGGGGACCCUUCCUGCGAGCCCGAAGGGGGUUCCCAUGCUUAAUAGGAUACUCUCAUCGAAGCAGAAGUUGCUGUCUUUGGCUUCCUCUCCGGCGCACUCGUCGCCCGUUGAUGAGAGGUUGUCGAACUCGGAGGAGAAUAAGCUUUUGAAGAAGCUGAUACCGGGCCCGAAGGUUCGGGAUGCGUUGUCGUUUAGGAAGAGUGUGGAGAAGGAAGAGGAGAGUGAUAAAGAUGGGUUUUUCAAGAAGCUUUUGAGGGAUAGUAAGGAUAAGGAAGAGGAUGACGGGGAUAAAAAUGGUUUCUUUAAGAGGCUCAUUAGAGAUAGUAAGGAGAAGGAUGAGGAGGAUGGUGAUAAAGACGGGUUCUUUAAGCGGCUUCGUAGGGAUAGCAAGGAUGAGGAUGAUCAGGAGUUGGGUUCGAGCUCGGAUGGGUUUUUAAAGAGACUGUUUCGUGAUAAAGAGGAGAAGUUGGGAGAAGAAUAUGAGAAGGAUAAGGAAGGGUUUUUUAAGAAGAUUUUCAAGGAUAAGAUGAAUGAGGAGGAAGGUAGAGGAAGUAGGAGCUUUGACGAAGACGAUAAAGAAAGUUUCUUCCGCCGCAAGUUUUUUAAAGAUAAGAAUGAGGAGAGGAAAGAUGGUGGGCAGGAGAGGGUUGAGGAGCAUAAGAGUAAUGGGAGCCUUGAUGAAGAUGAGAAGGAGAGUUUAUUGCGUAGAAGAUUUAAAGAUAAAAAUGAUGAAAAGAAAGAUGGUGGGCAUGAUAGAACUAAUGAGGAAGAAAAUAAGGGAGGUAGGAGGAGAAUAGAGGACGAUGAUAAGGAUGGUUUCUUCCGCAGGCUUUUCAAGGACAAGAAUGAUGAUAAAAAGGUUAUUGGGAAUGAUAGGAAUGAGAAGGAAAAGUGUAAUGGCAGCGCUGAUGAUGCCGACAAGGAAGGGUUCUUCCGUCGGAUUUUUAAGGACAAACAUGAUCAAGAUAGGAAAGAUGAAGAGCAUAGUAAGUGUAAUGGAAGUUGUGAAGAAGAGGAAACCCCAGAAUUUUUGUCUUUUCGUAGGUUGUUUAGAGUCCAUCCUGAAGAUGGAAAGACUGCUGGAGUGCAUAGUAAUCCUGGCAGUCCACUUGAUAGCAGUCCAGGAACAGAAAAUUUCUUCCGGAGAUUGUUUCGUGAUCGAGAUCGAUCUAUAGAAGAUUCAGAACUCUUUGGUUCAAAGAAAAAGGAGCAGUUGCGUCCUGGUACACCAAGACAACAAAACGAAAAAGCAUAUACAAAGCCACCUUUGCCUAAUAAUAUGAUUGCACAAAUUCGCAAGUCAACGUAUCAUGCAUCGUUGGAGUUUGUUCAGUCAUUGUGUGAUACAUCAUACGGCUUGGUGGAUAUUUUUCCUGUUCAAGAUCGCAAAGUUGCUCUUCGUGAGUCACUUAUGGAGAUAAAUUCACUCCUUGCUGAUGCUCAAAAAUGUGGAGGAGUGUGUUUUCCUAUGGGAAAAGGAAUGUAUCGGGUAGUUCAUAUACCGGAAGACGAAGCUGUCCUUCUGAAUUCUAGAGAGAAGGCACCGUACCUGAUAUGUCUUGAAGUAUUGAAGUGUGAAUCACCCAGUAAUACAAAGGCAUCAUCUGAUUCUCAAAAACUCUCAAAGGGAGGCAUUCCUCUAGCAAAUGGAGAUGCACAAUUGCCAAAGCCUCCUCCAUGGGCUUAUCCUCUAUGGAACCAACUUGACAUAAACCGUAUUGAGACAGAUAGAAUGUUGAGAUCCACUUCUCAGGCUAUUGAUCGAGCAAUGGCUCAACUAUGGGAGGCCAAAGUAAAAUUUGUUAAUGUUAGUUUAUCUGUUGGGAAUCGGUCCCUUGACUGCCCAAAAUGCAACGAAGAUUCUGAGUCCAGAAGUACCUUCCAUACUUCCUCAGAUUCACCGCUAGUUCCUAAUGACCUGCUCUCCCCAGAAGAUGGGCGUGCUCAAGUUAAUGUUCUAAGAAACCAUGACGAUCAUGAUGUUGAGUGGGUGACUGUUAGUUUAUCAGCUGUACCUGGCGUUAAAAUGGAAGAUGUAGAUGACCAAGAACCUCCUCGUCGCAAGGAUCAUCGUCGCGUCCCAAGCACAAUUGCCAUGGAGGAAGUAAAGGCUGCUGCAGCGAAAGGACAGGCACCACCUGGACUUCCUUUGAAAGGAGCGCGGCAGAAUUCACCCGAUGAACAACCAAAGGUACCAAAUGGUGGAAUUCUUAAACCCACUGAUGCCUUAUCUGGUGAACUUUGGGAGUUAAAGAAAGAAAGAAUACGCAGCUCAUCAGCAUAUGGAAAAUUACUCGGUUGGGACUUGCGUUCUUUCAUUGUCAAGAGUGGUGAUGAUUGUCGACAAGAGCAUCUAGCUGUACAACUGGUUGCUCAAUUCUAUGAUAUAUAUCAAGAAGCUGGUCUCCCCCUUUGGUUGCGUCCUUAUGAGAUUCUUGUCACUUCUUCUUAUACCGCCCUUAUUGAAACCAUACCUGACACGGCCUCAAUCCAUGCUAUAAAGAGCAGGUUUCCUAAUAUCUCAAGUUUGCGUGAUUACUUUAUAUCCAAAUAUGAAGAAAACUCCCCAAGUUUUAAGCUUGCCCAGAGAAAUUUUGUCGAGAGCAUGGCUGGAUAUUCCAUCUUAUGCUACCUUCUACAGGUGAAGGAUCGCCAUAAUGGUAAUCUAUUAGUGGAUGAAGAAGGGCAUAUUAUUCAUAUUGAUUUUGGUUUCAUGCUUUCUAACUCUCCUGGUGGUGUAAAUUUUGAGAGUGCACCAUUCAAGUUGACACGGGAGCUUCUUGAGGUAAUGGACUCAGAUGCUGAGGGAAAUCCGAGCGAGUUCUUUGACUAUUUCAAGGUGUUAUGUAUACAAGGUUUUCUUACUUGCCGGAAGCAUGCAGAGCACAUAAUACUUCUCGUUGAGAUGUUGCAGGACUCAGGUUUUCCUUGUUUCAAAGGUGGUCCUCGUACUAUACAGAACUUGAGAAAGCGAUUUCAUUUGAGCCUUACAGAAGAGCAAUGCGUCUCUUUGGUGCUAUCCUUGAUCAGCAGUAGCUUAGAUGCAUGGCGAACAAGACAGUAUGAUUACUACCAACGGGUACUGAAUGGGAUUUUAUGAGGUUGUCUUGUUCUUUCCUGGUUGAUUUCCCUCCUGGUCUACAUCAUUUCCUUUAGAAAUAUGGAGAUCUGAUCUGUCGAGGCAUUCAAGUCCUGUGGAAGUUUUCUUUGUGUACAGUGGCAUUACUGAACCUUGACAAGGUUUCAGUUGGUUCGAGGGAAACUACAGUGCUUGUUAUUGAUAUGAAGAACCGACUAAUCCUUAUCAGGACUCGAUCAAAACUUGAGUCGCCAGCCAGUCUUGAGUGUUCUGCUUCCAAAUGGUAUGCAGAAGCGUUGUGGAUAUUAUAGGAUUAGCAUACAUGAAGAAUUCAACAAACGCACAAAUCUUUCAUAAAGACUUUGGUGACUGUACAGAAAGAGCAUGGGCAGAGAUAAAAUCAGAUACGGAGACAUGCAGAUACAUGGUUUUUCUUGCAUCCUAUUGUCUGUCAAUGAGCACGGAGGCGCUUAGGAAAGCAUUUGUACAGUCGAUUUUUGGCUGAAUGUUUUGGAGUUUAAAGAGUGUAAAGAGUUGCGGAUAAGAGCUACUGUUUAGUCCCAUAUGUGUGCUCUUGUUCAUAUUUGCCUUGUCGUCAUCAUUCCUCUACAUUUUCACUUUGGUCUUUUUCUUCUUUUUUUAGUGUUUUUGUUUUUUUUUUGGUAGGUAAUUGGAAGUUUUCUAGCGUCUGGGUUGAUGCUUGGGUUGGCUACAGGGAUACCAAUGUAAAAUAUUAACCGAUCGUAUUUGUUUGUAUAUGAUGUAAUCUCAAUUGUAUUGAUGGGUUUUUGAAGUUGUUGCCCAUUUGUGAUUCUCAAUAUUUAUGCAUUUUUUUAUGUACGUUUC